AUGCCGUCGUACUUCUCUAACGUACAGGUAGCACCUCCAAUAGAGGUGUUUCACAUGAACAAAAUGUAUCAGGACGAUACAUCUCCGACUAAAGUUAAUCUCACUGUUGGAGCAUAUCGAACCGAAGAAGGUCAACCUUGGGUACUACCGGUUGUGAGAGAAGCUGAAAAGCGAUUGGCUGCAGAUACGACGACCAAUCACGAAUAUUUACCGGUGCUCGGAUUUGAGCCGUUUUGCAAGGCUGCUGUUGAACUGGUGCUUGGUAAAGAUUCACCGGCAAUCAAAGAAAAUCGGGUCACUGGUGUGCAAUGCCUUUCGGGUACAGGAUCGUUGCGAGCUGGUGCCGAAUUCUUGACUCGUCAGUUGGGCAUGAAAACGGUGUACAUCUCAGCACCAUCGUGGGGUAAUCACAAAUUGGUAUUCAACAAUGCGGGAUUUGACACAAUCAAGACGUAUCGUUAUUGGGAUACCGAAAACAGAUGUGUUGAUAUUAAAAACUUCAUCGCCGAUCUGGAAUCAGCACCUGAAAGAUCGGUGAUUGUUUUGCACGGAUGUGCACAUAACCCGACUGGUAUGGAUCCAACACACGAACAGUGGAAACAAGUGGCUGAUGUUAUAAAGGUUUCUUUAAUUUGUUCCUAA